CUCAUACCGAUGGCUUGCACUGCAGCCGACUCAUCAUGCAUGGAGACUGAAGUUGGCUGCCGGAAACUGCAAAGCCUUGCCAAGCGGCUUCGCUGCUACAGACCAACAACCAGCUGCAGCUUCAACAUGAGCCGACAGAUUGAAAAUCAUGAGAAUAUUCUUAAUACGUCUGAUCAUUCCGAUCGUGCUGUAAACUCAUCAUCGACCAUCACCAAUAAGCCUGCCGCCUCUAUAGAGAGAAGAGCCGCCGUUUUGAUCUGCCUCUUUCAAGGCACCGCCGGCGAGCUUCGCGUCAUUCUUACCAAAAGAUCCAUGAACCUCUACUCUCAUCCUGGAGAGGUAGCGCUGCCUGGUGGAAAGAGGGAGGAAGGAGACGCAGAUGACGCUGCAACUGCGCUGCGAGAAGCCGUGGAAGAGAUUGGCCUCAAUCCAGCCCUCGUAGAAGUUGUGGCAAAUCUAGAGCCUUUCAUCUCCCAGCACCAACUUGUGGUUGCUCCGGUGGUAGGACUACUAUCCCAAAUCGAAGAUUACAAGCCUGUACUUAACGCAGAUGAAGUUGAUGCCAUUUUCGAUGCCCCUCUAGAGAUGUUUCUCGAGGAAGAAAGGCAUAGAUGGGAGGAAAGGGAAUGGAAAAGCUGGAAAUACAGUCGGCAUCUCUUCGAUUAUGAAUCGGAGCAAGGGGAUUUUGUCAUUGGCGGCUUGACGGCGAGCAUUCUCAUUCGAGCUGCUUCCAUCAUCUACCAGAGAUCGCCAUCUUUCACCCAACACCUUCCAGAUUUUCAAGAGCUGCAAAAGAUCGUCCAGAAUGCUGUGGCCUUGUGAUCGUUCCCAGUUUUCAUCAUUGGAAUCAUCUGUUAUGGAUAUGCUAAACCUAAUGCUAGGUUCUAAAUCUGGAGAUUGUUGUUUGUUAGAACCAAUCACAAAUUCUGUAACUUUGACAUCACUUUAAUUGGAAAAGUUAAGGAUAUCUAU